AUGCAGGUGCCUACGUAUGCUAAGUACCUAAAGGACAUCCUCAACAACAAAAAGCCUCUACCGUCCACAAAAGUCGUGCACCUCAUGGAAGAGUGUAGCGCUGCUAUACUCAAUCAGCCGUCCCAAAAGAAUAAAGAUCCUGAGAAUCCUACCAUCUCAUGCUCGAAUGGGACCCAGCACUUUGGCCAAGCUCUCUGCGAUCUGGGAGCAAGUGUGAGUGUCAUGCCCAAGGUAGUGUUUGAUAAAAUCAUGCAUGCUACACUUGCCCCUACUGCUAUGUGCCUGCAGUUAGCGGAUCAGUCAAUUCGCUACCCCGUCAGGAUCGCCGAGGAUAUUCCUAUCAAAAUCAGGAACUUCCUCAUCCCGGUGGAUUUUGUGGUGCUGGAUAUGGAGAUUGACAGCAAAACGCCGCUCGUCCUUGGGCGACCAUUCUGA